UUGAGGAGGCCGUGGUCCGGGCCUCGCGCGCUGCCGGCAUGAGCUACGACCGCGCUAUCACCGUCUUCUCGCCCGACGGCCACCUCUUCCAAGUGGAGUACGCACAAGAGGCCGUGAAGAAGGGCUCCACCGCGGUUGGUGUGCGAGGAAAGGACAUUGUUGUUCUUGGAGUGGAGAAGAAGUCAGUGGCCAAACUGCAGGAUGAAAGAACCGUGCGGAAAAUCUGUGCUCUGGAUGACAAUGUCUGCAUGGCUUUUGCAGGCCUCACUGCCGAUGCAAGGAUUGUCAUUAACAGGGCUCGGGUGGAGUGCCAGAGCCACCGGCUAACUGUAGAGGACCCAGUCACUGUGGAGUAUAUUACUCGUUAUAUUGCCAGUCUGAAGCAGCGCUACACGCAGAGCAAUGGGCGCAGGCCAUUUGGCAUCUCUGCCCUUAUUGUGGGUUUUGACUUUGAUGGCACCCCCAGGCUCUAUCAGACUGACCCCUCGGGCACAUACCAUGCCUGGAAGGCCAAUGCAAUAGGCCGGGGAGCCAAAUCAGUGCGUGAAUUUCUAGAGAAGAAUUAUACUGAUGAAGCUAUUGAAACUGAUGAUCUGACCAUUAAGCUGGUUAUCAAGGCCCUUUUGGAAGUGGUUCAGUCAGGUGGCAAAAAUAUUGAACUUGCUGUCAUGAGGCGAGACCAACCACUCAAGAUCUUAAGUCCUGAAGAAAUUGAGAAAUAUGUAGCUGAAAUUGAAAAAGAAAAAGAAGAAAAUGAAAAGAAGAAGCAAAAGAAAGCAUCAUGAUGGAUAAAACAGCUUGUAGUGAUUUUUAAAUUCAAAUCAUGGAUGAGUCUCAAAACUGACUGUAGGCAUUUCCAUUCCAUUUAUCUGUAAUGUCCAAGUGCCCUACAAUAAACCUCUGUAUUUUUUAACCUUU